AUGGCCGGUCCACGAUCAGACCGGUCGGUCUGGUCCGGUCCUGAAAACAUUGGUUCUUGUAGGGUCCUUUUCCCGGGCUAUGGUGGCACCAGCGACGACUAUUGUGGCAAAGGCUGCCAGUCCGGCCCUUGCACCGCUGCAUCAGAUGGUGGUAAUAAUUGUGUUUUAGUUGCUGAUGUUGUGGCAGACGCUUUCUUGAGCGGGACUUCUGAUCAAGCUGCUUCAAGGUGUGCUGGAGAAGGGUUCUAUACUGCAUCGGCAUUUCUUGAAGCUCUGAAUUCGUAUUCUGAGUUUGGAACAGUUGGUUCAGUUGAUGAUUCUAAAAGGGAGAUUGUUGCCUUCAUUGCUCAUGUGACUCAUGAGACUAGACCAUUGGUUCUUGUAGGGUCCUUUUCCCAGUUGAUUUCAAGCCAAAACUGUGACUCUGAACCAGAUUUAUGCUGCAGCCAGUGGGGCCAUUGUGGCACCAGCGACGACUGUUGUGGCAAAGGCUGCCAGUCCGGCCCUUGCACCGCUGCAUCAGAUGGUGGUAAUAAUGGUGUUUCAGUUGCUGAUGUUGUGACAGACGCUUUCUUGAGCGGGACUUCUGAUCAAGCUGCUUCAAGCUGUGCUGGAAAAGGGUUCUAUACUGCAUCGGCAUUUCUUGAAGCUCUGAAUUCGUAUUCUGAGUUUGGAACAGUUGGUUCAGUUGAUGAUUCUAAAAGGGAGAUUGCUGCCUUCAUUGCUCAUGUGACUCAUGAGACUGGACAUUUGUGCUACAUAGAAGAGAUAGACGGCCCCUCCAAAGAUUACUGUGAUGAGAGCAACACUCAGUACCCAUGUGUGCCAGGCAAGGGUCCAUUACAAAUAUCAUGGAACUUUAACUAUGGGCCAGCAGGGGAAAGCAUAGGGUUCGAUGGACUAAAUGAACCUGAAACUGUGGCCACAGAUAAUGUUAUUUCAUUCAAAACUGCCUUGUGGUUCUGGAUGAACAAUUGUCAUGAUCUUAUAAUUUCUGGUCAGGGUUUUGGGGCUACAAUUCGUGCCGUUAACGGACAGCUUGAAAGUGAUGGUGCAAAUCCGGACGCUGUUAGUGCUCGUGUUGAGUAUUAUACUGAAUAUUGUGACCAGUUGGGUCUUGAUCUCAGGUGCUAG